GCAUAAACUUGCCGCACCAGAGACGCCACGUCGGCACAAACUGACGCAGGACGUGGCCGCGCGUGGAUCCCCUGAGAGCGUGCGUGGAGCUGUGCGCGUGGACCCCCGUGUGCGUGCGUGGACCGCGGACACGUCUCCCGAAGUGCAAACGGAGUUUUGGGCCAAAUCCCGAGAAAAGGCAAAGAGCCGCGGGUUCGAUUCCAGCGCGGAGGAACACGAGUAGCGGAACAAUGGUGAAGGAUGUGAACAGUUUUGUGUCGGAGCCUCAGCCCUCCACGAGCCUGUGCCCAGAGGAGGAGAGCCCAGGUCAGCCAAGCCCGGAGCAGAGCCAGGAUCCAGGUAAAGACCAUGCAGUCCAGAGUCCGGGGAUGGUCUGGCGAGUGACCGGGGGACUCUUCAGCGCCACCAAGAAUGUGAUUGGCGCUGCUGCAGGGGGUGUGGCCUGGGUCGGUGGGCGGAGCUUGGAGAUCACCAAGGCAACAGUUUCCUCAGUUCCGUCGGUGGGGGUGGGGCUGGUGAAAGGGGGCGUGUCUGCAGUGGCAGGGGGUGUGGCCUCCGUGGGCUCUUCAGUUGCUGCCAAAGUCCCAUUCACCGGAAAACGCAAAGACAAAGCUGAGUGAGACUGGGUCUAAACCAAGUCUGAUCUGGGUAUGAGCUGGGUCUAGACCAUAUCUAUAUAUGGACUCUCUGGGACCAAAGAUGAGUCCAAACUGAACCAAGACCAAAGUAAGACCAAACCAGGACUAAAGCCAGACCCAGACUCAGCUUGGUUAGUUUACAAAGACUGUGAGGAUGGAAACUAAACCAGGACUGAACUAGGUCCAAACCAGUGGCUUUUGUAGAUGAAACAAUUUAAUUUAUCAGAAAAAUUCCCACAUAAACUGGACAUGAUUCAUAAUUUUACUCCAUGUUUAGUUCUGGCUUUAGACCUGGUUUACCCUAGGCUAAACCAGGACAGAAUCGGAACUAAAGCAGGUCUAAACCAGGACUAUAUUUGGACUGAACUUUUUGGCUAUUCUCCGAAGUGAAUAAAUGUUGUUUUAUUGAAGCUGGAGGACGAAUGCUGGAUUAAAAAAUGGUAAAAGAACUGCUACUGCUCCACAAAAACGACAAACAUGUCUGGAUCUGAGAAGAGUUUAUUUUCUGUAUUUUAUUUGUGUGUGAGUGUAAAGUGUGUGAUCUAUGCAAACUGAGCGACUCAAUGCAAUGUCUGAUAGUUUUAAUCUGUGAAAGUUUAUGUCAAUAAUAAAAAUAAUAAAUUACAAAAGAA